CGGGGCUCCCCGCCCCGCCGUCCCCGGGCGCCCCCGCUCCGGGAGCUGGUCUCGCGCCGGCCCGGGACCCCGCUGAUCGUUGCGGGCUGCAUUCCCCAGCCCUCGGACCCCGGUUGCCUUCCCCGGGGGGUCGGUUGCCCGCCCAGCUUCGCCCUGCAGGGACAGCCUCUCGCUUGCUCCGGGGACCUGAACGCCGGCCGCGGGCACCGGCCCCGGAUCUUCCGACCCCAGCCUUGGCCUGCACCCCUAACUGGGCUUGGGGGGCCCCCGAGGCGCCCGGACCCGAGCCAGUUGCCCCGCAGGGGUGCUGGGGGUUUCCGGAGCUUGUCUUUGAACUGCCGUGGCGGUGGGGAAAACUGAGGCAGGCUCCGCCGGUUUAGCCUUGCCUGCGGGGUUCUCGGGCUUAAAGCCCCAGCGUGUGCUAUUUUGGGUCACCGCGCCGGGGCAUUAGCUUCUGGGCGGUAAGACCUGCAGUUGAGGCGCCUUGGGUUAGGAAACGAGGAACCGAGGAGGCCCCCCGGAAGGAUGGCCGGGUGCUGUUUGGCUGGAGAGCCGAUGGGAACGCCAGCCUGGGGAGACACCUUGGCCUUAAUCCUGACUCCAGGUCCCUGCCGUCUAGCAAUGAAUGGAGGCUGGCCAUAAUUCGAGAGGAAGCUCUGCGCUUUUUUUUUUUUCCCCCUAAUUCUCCUUCGUGUAAGUGGGUGAAAGUUUACGUGUCGUGUGUUUGUGGUAACUCUCCAUCCCUUUGUCUGAAUCAGGCUGGCAUCCCCACUCCCAGGCCUUCACCCUGAGCAGGCUAGCUUAGUGUGCAGUAGAAUUUGAAAAAAAAAAAAUGCAUGAAAUCUCUCAAGGCUUUUGUUGCGUUUUUAGGCAUUGCUUUUUAUUACAGGAUUUUGAAGUAUGCUUUUUUUUGGUUUUGUUUUUCUUUCCAAUGCUUUAAUCCCUAGAAACCCUCUCACCUCUUCUGCUGGUCUCAUUUCUUCUCCAGAGUGACAUUUGCACAGGGAGAGUUGGAGUGAUCAGGAUGAAGACUUGGGUUAACUUUUGAACAUUGCUUAUCACUCAGUGUGUUGAAUGCCUGGCAAUGUUCGCCUAAUGGGAACAUCAUAUCAGUUCUUCCAAAGGCAAAAGGGAACCAUGAUGUUCUGGCUUUAGAACAUGAAGUCAGCCAUGAGGACUGGAGGGGCUUUAAGGGAGGAUGUAACACAGGUUCAGCAAUGGUGGGCAAAACCCUGUAUGUAGUUUGUUUAAUUUCGUUUUACUUCUCUGCACAUCUGUGCUCUUCCUGUUUUCCGGGAACCGUGGCAGUCUUCUGUGCAUUUAGCGGUUUUUGUUAAAGAGUUCUAUUUCUUUUCUAUCCUUUCAGUUCUUCUCUCGAAAAAGAAAGAAAAAAAGGAACUUGUGUUAUUGUUUGUUGCACAAACAUUAGCAGUAUUAAGAGAAAUGAAAAACAAACACAUCUUGAUUUAAGAUCCUACCAUCUCAGCUGAUUGAACUCUUCUUGUUUGCUGGACACUAAUCUAUCCUGUCCUUAUUAUCACAGUUGUAAUGUGAUUUUGCCCUCUACUCCAUUCAUUUAAAAAUUAAAAAUACAGGCAUUUUCUUUUGGUAUAGCAUAGACGUUGUAAUUUCCGCAGCAACGGCACAAUGUCAGUGGAUAUUUAACAGUUAUUUUCUUGAUGACAUCUAGACCUGCCCUGAUUUUCUUUGCAGAAUGAAUGAUCCCAUAAUUUCUUGUUUGGAAAGAUACUUCUAUAAAUCAACUUGAACUUAGAAAUAAAGUCUGCAAAUAAGUAAUAUAUUGUGGUCUAUACAUUAACAUAUUGAGAGUACUGUUCUGCACCUCUUAAACGCUGUUUGUUAUCCAUCUUGUGAGCAUUUAGGAUAGUUACAGGUUGUAAAUGACAGAGGAACUAGAAAGAGGAACACACUUAUCUUUAAGCCCAUGUGUUCCUUGUGAUAGAUUCACCAGGACUCCACUGAAGAGCAUUUGACUGCAGUAAAAACAUUACAUUAGGCCAUCCUUUGUGGCUAUGUCUAACUUAUAAGAAAACGUGAACACCCUGCUGGUUUGUUCAUAAUGGAAACUUGGCGGUCACUGUGGCUUUGGAUCAACUUCCAGAGCUCUGCCAUAUGUGGAGAAGAGCUGUAAGGAACAACCCAAUGUAGUAAGUGCAGGGCUUUUUGCAGGCAUGGCUUCUCAAAAAUCUCAGGAUGUGAAAAAUCCCACUGGGACACCUUUUAUCUUUUGUGCUGCAUCCCUUUCGCGCUUGAUUCCACCCCCACACCGCACAGAGUCAUUCUCUCCCUUUCACAGCAUCUUUGACUGAUUAGAAUACUUGCUAACAUUUAUUGAGUGCCUAUCAGUGCCAGGCAGUAGCUGGGUAUUUGUAGGUAACUCAUCUCAUCCCUAACUGUAACCCUGAAAGGCAAACUCUCUACCCAUUUAAUAGAAGAGCUUUAGAGAAUAAAAGAGAGCCUGCCAUCAUCACACAGCCAGAACGGGGCAGACAGAAGGGUUCAUGUCCCUUUCCACCACCCAUGCAGCCAUUUACCUCUGUCUCCCCGCCCACACGCAACAUCUGUGUGAUAGUGCAGAGGCCUAGGACCCAGAGCUUCUCAAGUGUCCUGUUGCUGUGUGCUCGUUUCUCCAGCCUGGCAACCAGAAAUCCAAGGAAAAGGCUACUGCUUUCCUUAGCUCCAGCCUCGUGACCACUGGUUAGUUUCAAAUUGAGUAUGUGGUAAGGCAUCUUAUUCUAAAGCAUUAGGAAGUGUUCCAGUGCUGCCUUUGCCUUUCUUUUUGUUCCAUGUUCUCAGAGCAUCGAAUCAUACACCGAUUCAGUGAACACUGAAGAACAUUGAAGUUGUUUCCUUAUAUGUGCCAUUUCCCUUAUUUAGUAAUGAAGUUAAAUGUCCGCCACCACUGUCGCCACCUCUGACUGCAGGCACUUUCUCCUAAACAUCAUGCUUAUUCAUACAGGACAGCUAAUAUUAAUAGUAGGGUUCUAUGUAGGGAUCAGUUCUGUUGCCCCAUCGAAUGAUGUUGAAGGAGCCCUUGAAAUGUUCAUGCUCUUGUCCUUUGUCCAUUUUGUUUUCACAAGAUCGAGGAUUCUCUUGGCUCUAAGACUGCCUGUUUUUGUUGCAUACAGAAAUCCCCAGUGAAACUAACUGCCGACAGGAUCUCUCUCAGUUAGGAUAAUAAAAUGCUUCAGCAGCAGGCAAAAUCUCUGUCUUUUUAUUCUCAUUCAACACUUAUUUGUUAAGCUCCAACAAUCAGCUGGACUUUGUGUUUGGGACUGGAAAUGAAAAAAUAGACAAGGCAACCUUCAUGGAAUUCACUUUACAGUGGGGAAAGAUGAAAUAAAAAAUAAGUUCAAAAAGUCCAGUUCUUACUAAUUGUGAUAAGGGCUCUGCUGAAUUGAUACUUUAGGUAGGAUGGUUGAGCCGAGUUUGACAGGAGAGAGGAGAGCUGGGCACACUGGAGGAGAAUGUUUGGCCAGACAUAAACGGCAAACACAGAUGCUCUGAGUCAGAUCAGACCUGGUUGGUUGGAGGAGCAGAAAGGCUGUGAUUGGCUGGAGGAGGAGAGGAAAGGAAGGGAGCUCCUGCCUGGCUGGAGAAGUCGGGAGGGCUCAUGGCCUGCAGAGGAGGCCCUGUUGCCAAGCACUUUGGGAAGCCAGAUAGGUUUUAAGCUGGGCUUAGCAUGUGACAUGAUCUGGUGUUAACAGACUCGUGGCUGCUGGGUAAAGAAGAGAGUCCAUGUGUGGCGGGCAGGGAGACCAGAGCCUUUGUCUACAGACCAGAGGAGUCGAUGUCUUGAUUUAAGGUUCAUGAACCACCGGGCCCCUGCCAAUGGCCGCUACAAGCCAACUUGUUACGAACAUGCUGCUAACUGUUACACACACGCAUUCCUCAUUGUUCCGGCCAUUGUGGGCAGUGCCCUCCUUCACCGGCUCUCUGAUGACUGCUGGGAAAAGAUAACAGCUUGGAUUUAUGGAAUGGGCCUCUGUGCCCUCUUCAUCGUUUCCACAGUAUUUCACAUCGUAGCAUGGAAAAAGAGCCACUUAAGGACAGUGGAGCAUUGGUUUCACAUGUGCGAUAGAAUGGUCAUCUAUUUCUUCAUUGCUGCGUCUUACGCUCCGUGGUUAAAUCUCCGUGAACUUGGACCCCUGGCAUCUCAUAUGCGUUGGUUUAUCUGGCUCAUGGCAGCUGGAGGAACCAUUUAUGUAUUUCUCUACCAUGAAAAGUAUAAGGUGAUUGAGCUCUUUUUCUAUCUCACAAUGGGCUUUUCUCCUGCCUUGGUGGUAACAUCAAUGGUAAAGGAGCAAUCUGAGAAGUCUCCUUCCUCAUUGUUUGAUCCUGCAGAACACCACGGUGCCUAUGUGAAUUUUGAAGAUGGGGCUGGCCCUCGCCCCCGGCCUGGGUCCUCACGCCUGGCUCUGUGUCCACUGUGGCCGUCGCCCUCACCUCGGCACAGGCAGCCCACGCACCGGGGCCCCCCAGUCCCCUCCCUGUUGGACUUCUGCAGGGCCCUGCUCCAAGGCUCCCAAGGCUGCAGGGCCCAGGCCUCCAGAACACCCACACUGUUGUCCCUUCCAAGGCCUGGCCACAAGCUGCUAACAACACGGAUGGACUUCACGAACUUGCCUGCGGGGGCUUAAUUUAUUGCCUGGGAGUUGUGUUCUUCAAGAGCGAUGGCAUCAUUCCAUUUGCGCAUGCCAUCUGGCACCUGUUUGUGGCCACGGCAGCUGCAGUGCAUUACUAUGCCAUUUGGAAAUAUCUUUAUCGAAGUCCUACAGAUUUUAUGCGGCAUUUAUGACCAAUCUGUACUACGUCUCCAAACCAGUAUUAUUUCAGUUAUGGCACUUAGGAGUGGGAUAAGAGCUGAAGAUUGCACA